AUGGACAUCUUUGAAACAAAUUAUUUUCUAAUAAAUAAAAAAAUGUUAUCUUUGGUUGGAUUGUGGCCGUACGACGAUAAAGCCACCAAAAACAUCAAACGUAGUUUUUUUAUUGCAGCUAUAGGCGUAGUUACAAUUUUACCUCAGUUCUUUGGCUUACGUAUGAAAGUUUUAUUGGAUAACAUGCGUAAAAAUUGGAUAAAAAUAGUCGAUAAAACAGAGCGCGCAAUACUUAUUCAAUACUCUGAAAGGGGUUUUAUGAUAAGUGUUGGCUACAUGAGCUACAUCAGCUUAGCUUUAAUCGUGUACAUAUCAACACCUUUUAUACCAACAUUAUUGGACUUGGUCAUUCCAUUAAACGAGUCGCGACCCAAGAUGCAUCUUUUAAAAGGAGAAUUUUGGUUUGAUGCGGAUGAACAUUAUUGGCAAAUUUUUCAAAUAGACUCUAUCAGUUGUAUCAUGGCCAGUACGGUCAUUAUGACCGUUGAUAGUUUUUACGCCAAUUGUGCAGAACACUGUUUAGGCUUAUUUGCCAUUGUGAAAUACAGAUUGAGCAUACCGAAUAAGGAGAAUCUUAAAAAAACUGACCCAAGAUACGAAGACGUUUCGUAUAAGUGGCUAGUUGAAAAUAUACGCCUUCACUCAGCUGUUUUAGAGUUUAGUAGUAUGCUGAAUUACCAAAUUGUGCAUACUACUUCUUUGUCGGUAUUGGUUUUAAUGAGUCUGGAAAAACCAUUAGAUUUUGUUAGGUUUUCAAUGCUUCUUAUUGGUUUAAUCAUUCAUUUGUUUUAUCUCUGCUGGCCUGGUCAAAAAUUGAUUGACCACAGCAGUGGACUUUUUCGAGAUGCCUAUAACAGCCAGUGGUACGACAGCUCCAUGAGAUCUCGAAAAUUGUUGGCAAUAUUUAUUUUAAGAUGUUCCAAGCCAUGCAUUCUCACAGCUGGAGGUAUAUGCAACAUGAAUUUUGAAAACUUUGCCGUGAUAUUGAAAAAAUCAAUGUCGUUUUUCACCGUAUUUUCGAAUAUCAGUUAAAUGAGUACUAAAGA